AUGCAGUUUCGCUACAUACACUUCCAUACAAAAGUACAUUUCGGAGCUUUAAGUAAUUGGUUCUCAGCUGCAGCAAUCUGGUUUGUGCUUGCGGUGUCUGUCGAACGUCUUUUAAUAAUAAAAUUCCCUUUUCGAUCCUACCAUCACGUAUCGCACACCUGUAUCACAAGGCAUGUGUGCUCAGGCACACAGUUGUUAGGCCUCUGCUUCUCCAAUGCUGGCAAGAGUUGGGGUAAACGAGCGAAUCCAACAUCUUCGCUUACCAGAGAAUGGAUCGAGCUAUCCGUGUAUUUGAAUGCGUCAUUUGCGGUGCUUCUACCAGUUUUUGCCGUUGCUGUUUUGAAUAUCUCACUGAUUAGGCUGUUAAAGAAGAGGAACAGUGAAGAAUUGCUUGUCAACUCUGUAAAUGCUAGUCCGGAAGCACUACAUGAACAAGAACGAAAAAUGACGACUACAGUAUUGGCAAUAGUCACCAGCUUCACUCUCACUCAAGGCCCGUCAGCUAUAGUGACCAUGUAUCAGAUGUUGUAUGGCCCCAGGCUAAAACCCUAUCUUACAAAUGCAUCGUUCAGUACUGCAAAAAUCGCCUCAGUAGUAGCCAAUCAGCUGGUUCUGACUGGAAAAAUGCUCAAUGUGGUGUUGUUCUGCAUGACAUCGUCAACAUUCAGAAGAAAACUUUUGCAAACAUGCACAAAAUGGUUGUUUACAAUCUGCUACUGUGAUGAAGUACAACGUCGAAGGUUACGUUUAUCUCAAAAACAUUCAAAGUCGGUUAUGACCCAGCGUACAUCUAUAAUCUCUUCGUGGAGUUUUCGAGGCAUGCGCUCGUCAUUUAUGUCCCACGUGUCGCAGAAAUAA